AUGUCGUUUGGAACUGGCAUAUGGAGUAACUUUUCCAAGAGGUCUACCUCUUUGACUGUCAGUAGUAAUAAGAUUAAGCAGGGCUUAUUGAAUGCUGGUUUACCUUUUGGCCCAGCAACUCUCCGAAAAAGGUCCUCUAGAAUAAAGUACUCGCCUCCCAUUGGUCUCUCUACGGUUUAUCCACUGGCCUAUGAGAUAUUGGAGUUGGAAAGCACUCAAAUUUAUAAAAUUUUAUCACGGCAGGCAAAUGAACUAUCUAUGGAACAGAAAGAAGAGCUUUUAGUGCGGGCAGAGUAUCACAACCCUGAAGUGGUAUUCAAAUCUCACUUUCAGACCAAUUCAUUAGACCGAACGCAACCCGUUUAUCGAAGAUAUUUGAGAGAAAAGUGGGAAAACCAUGACAAGAUGUUGCUGAUGCAACGUUUGGAGUCCUUGCAUGCCAUUCCAGAUACUCUUUCUACGUUAGAUCCUAGAUGCGACGUUGUAUUGAGAUUUCCUCAUAAUAAUGUCCAUACUACAGUAGAGCCUGGACAAUUACUUUCUUCUAAUGUCACGAAGAAACCUCCAAGUCUGGAAGUUGUUGAGUUUGAUCCGAUCCCUGAUGAUCUUUACACGGUUUUGAUUGUCAAUCCUGAUACGCCCGACUUAGAGAAUGAUACUUUUUCAACCACGCUGCAUUGGGCUUUGAGAAAUGUACCAUUAUCCAGUUCUGAUAUUUCUAUUGAUGCUUUGAAGCUCCAAGAAUGUCCAGAAAGAGAAUUAGUUAGCUAUCUCCCCCCAGUACCUGAUAAGAAUGCCCCUGUUAACCGGUUAGUAGUUUGGGUUUUCAGGCAGAACCAAAAGGAGUUGACCGAUUCCGAGGUCGCCAGAGAAUUUUUUGAUAUACGUGGAUUUGUUGCCCAACACAGUCUUACUGCUGUCGGUGCACAUAUCUGGAGGUCGGGAUGGGACAGGAACGUCCCCAAUGUUCGGGAUAUGUAUGGACUUCCAAAAGGCAGAGUAUUUCAUAGGGUUCGAAGAUAA